ACCCGUUCACAAGACAUUUCUAACUACCUGCGGCAACACCGGCUAAAGCACGCCCAACAACGAGGGGAAACUCGAAUGCAGAUCGUGCUCCAAUUACUAUCUGACCAUCAGUACACGUAUCAGUACACGACGGAUAGCAAAACCGGAUGUUUGACCAAUCUCUUUUUCGUACAUCCUACAUCACUUGACAUAUGGCGUGCAUUUCCUUGGAUCAUUGAAAUAGACGCCACGUAUAAAACCAACGUUUACAACAUGCCGCUUGUUGAGAUUGUGGGUGUCACUCCAACUGGCAAGACAUUCAGCAUUGCGCACGCACUUAUUGAAAAUGAGCAACAUGCGACAUACACAUGGGUGUUACAGUGCUUGAGGUCGACGCUCGAAGAAGGCCUCGUCGUGCGUGUGGCACUCACUGAUCGGGAUCUGGCCCUCAUGAAAGCGGUUAAGGAUGUGAUGCCGGAAACGAAGCUGAUACUGUGUAGAAUACACAUUUGGAGGAAUAUUGAGUUACAUGCCAACCCAUCGUUUAGGUCAAAAAAAGAUUAUGGUUUGUUUAGACACCGGUGGGAUCAACUCGUAAACUCAAUCACGGUUAAAGAAUACGCAGAGAAUGAGCAGCGGCUAAAAGUAUUCUUGGCAGAUAAACCAAAUCUAUAUAAGUAUCUACAAAUACAGUGGCUUGCCUCGUACAAGGAGUUAUUUGUGUCAUGUUGGGUCGACCAACACCGCAACUAUCGUAACUACACUACCAACAGGGUUGAAAGCGAGCAUUCUUUGUUGAAGUCAGUUAUGCAUCAAAAGCGGCUUACGUUCCACAGAAUCGUUGAAUGUGUUAACUCUGUUGUCAGCGGGCAAUACACCGAAAUAAAGGGGUCACUGGAACAUUGCAGGCAGUACAAUCAAAAUAAACACAACUAUCCCUGUUUAAAGGAUUUGCUCGGUAAAGCCUCCCAUGUAGCCUUGCAAAUUAUGGUUGACGAAAUUGAUCGAUUGAAAAAUACAGUAAAGGGGACGUGUCAAAGUGCGGGUGUACGGUAUGGGCUAGUUGUGGCUUGCCAUGAAGGCGUGUACAAGAAUAUGAGAUAG